UGGCUCUUCCCAAGCGUAUCAUCAAGGAGACCGAGCGUCUCAUGGCCGAGCCUGNUUCCCGGCAUCGAGGCCAUUCCCCACGAGGAUAACCUGCGCUACUUCGAUGUCAAGAUUCACGGCCCUUCACAAUCUCCCUACGAAGGUAUUCGAUCCUGGCCGAAGCCUAGUCGAUACCGGUCUUCUGACACACCAGCCANNGGCGGAAUCUUCAAGCUCGAACUAUUCUUGCCCGACGACUACCCCAUGACUCCUCCCAAGAUCCGCUUCCUCACCAAGAUCUAUCACCCCAACAUCGACCGUCUCGGUAGAAUCUGCCUGGACGUUUUGAAGAGUAGGACCAUGGCCGUCCCCAACAACAUCUCACACGCUGACCAUCCUAGGCNNAACUGGUCGCCUGCUCUGCAAAUCCGUACUAUCCUGCUCUCCAUCCAAGCACUGCUCGGUGCGCCCAACCCUGACGACCCGCUCGCCAACGACGUAGCCCAAAGAUGGAAAGAGGACCAGAACGCUGCCAUUCAGACUGCCAGAGAGUGGACCCAGCAAUAUGCUAAGCCUUGA